UUCCCGCUCUAUGUAGACUCUAGUAAUCCUUAUAAUUUUAUACGGACAAAGUUCCGGUAGUUCAGUGAGUGUGCUCUUUUCAAACAUGGGGAGGUUACUUUUUUGAAAUAAUAUGUUGGAACUAGAAAGCCGGGGUGUCGUUGUGUCGUUAAGUGUGCUGAGUGGGUGUAUAUUAUUAUACAACGCCUGGGGCCCUAUUCUCGCGGUAAUUGUUUCGUUAUUUCUAGUGGUUUAUGCGUGCUAUUCUUUGAUCACCAACGAUAGCUUGCUAUCGCCGCAUGCAUUUAUAUUUUUCGAUUAUUUCAAAGAAGCCGUUAUCGAACUAAAAGAUACCUUAGGCCGAGCUAUUGUUUAUGUAUUAAGACAAUUUACUCUUCUUUGGAGUAAAAUAAAAAACGUUUACCGCGAACGUUUCUCAGUCAGAAUGGAACGACGUCGAGUAAGUAGAUAUCAACUCAGCAGUGACACUACUUUUAAUAGUAGAAAUGCUUCAAGAUUCAGUCUUAUUCCACAAGUAAGCCCAAUACCCCGGAGUACGCAUAAACAUAUUUCAAACCUGUCCAGCAUGUCGGAAAAUAAAUUUAAUCAUGAUAACGAAUAUCACUCGUAUAAUCAGAACAGUAUUUACAACAAAUGUACUUCGACACCCUUAUCUCAAUACAAAAAGGAUGACCUGCAUAAUACAGAUGCUAGAUACAAGACAAAUUGGUCAUCUCCAAAGAAAACUUCACCUAUGUUUAAUCAGAAUCAUACUUUAACACGCGGUGAAAAUAAUACUUUGUUUUCACCCGACGGAUCACCAUGGGGUACCAGUAUAAGUCCCAAAAUGAGAUCGAAAGCUGGCGGAGUAAAAACCGUACAGACAGUUGCAGGUCCAUUGUUAGCUUCUACUAGAUAUAACAUUGAUCCUAAGACAUAUACGGAUGUAACAUCGCCAGGACUAACUAUAAGGUUAACUAAGUAUGCUGCUGAAGCUAAUAAUAAAUUGACUCAUCAAUCACAGUAUGGUACCGGUCAAUUUCCGAAAGUUAAUCUUCAUGCGAGUCCCAUUCCUUUGAUUAAUGCAAAAUCUGCGAAAAUAAGAGGACCUGUUACGGUUAGAGUCGCACCACCAGAAACUACGAGAUAUUCUCCUCCAGAAAGGCAGAAAGUCUUGUCUGGUGUAUGUCAGUCGGAAAAUAAAUCACCAUCCAGUGUUGUACAGGUUCUACGAGAAAUAUCGUUGAAAAGACACGCGUCCAGAGAAGAUGUUACGUCUGAUUUAGUAAAAAAGCAAAGAACAGAUAAUAUAUUUGUGAACGAAGUAGAAAAUUUUGAAGAAACGAAACAAAAGAGAGGUAGAGAUGAAUCACCCAAAUCUGAAGAAGAUAAUUCUCCUCCAGAUAAAAAUCUUAGACCUACGAAACGUAGUAAAACACCAUCCUGCUAUGAUAUAUUACGUUCGCUAAGUUCAAGUAUUCAUGUUGCUACUGGUAUUAAAAGAAAAGCUGUUGACUGUUCCCGCAGCGGAACUCCUGAUAUUGAAAAACAUUUUAAAUCUUUGGAGCAUAUACAAAAUGGAGAUUCGCGAACUCUAGCACAAGUGCAAAGUAUAAAUACAAAUGAUAAUACACCAGCUGUAAAUAAGAAACUGUCUACAAACUCGAAUUUAUCAAAUUCUCUUAAUAAAACACAAGAGCAAUCUCCUAUUAAAGGAAUUCUUAAAACUUCCAAAAACACAAUAAAUUCUGAUGAAACUGAAACAAUUUCUGCUAACGAAGAAAAUAUGAAAUCUCAAUAUAAGGAUAAUGAAACUUCUUCGGCAACGAAAUUCACGGAUAAACUUUUUAUGAGAGCAGAACCACAAAGAAAUGAAAAGUUAAGAUCACUCGUCGAAGAACAAGGAAAUAUAAUAGAAGCGAAGUUCACUACCGACGAUGUGGAAGAAAUUAAGAAAAAAGAUAUAGUGAACAUGAGACAAACUAGUAUGCGAGCAAGAUUACAGAGUAUGUUCGAUGCUAUAUCUGGCAAAGCAGCAAGCAGAAUUAAUCCUGAUGUAGUGAUUCAGGCAGAAGAAAUUAGCGAGGUUGCACCUGCAAUUUCUUCCUCUGCAGAUUGUGCAACGCUCAAUUCUGUAACAACAACAACUAAUGUUAAUACAACGCCUAUUACUACGUCUGCUAUAGCGCCAGCACUUACAUCACCCAAAGCUAAUAUGAAAACGGUCAAACACAUAACGUUUAAUUUACCAAAUGCAGAAAAUAUGUCUGGUACUAAUGAACAGAUUACAAGUAAUACAGUAUCAGAUGAAAAGAAUAAAUUCAUUGCUAAUGAAGCAUCUAACUAUAAGACUGAUAUUACACCAGCAACAUCAUCAGAAUGUACUAACGUGACGUUAGUUACAAAUUCACUUCCUAUAACCUCCAAUUCAAUUACAUCAACAUUUGUUUCUGGCAAGACAGUAGCAAAUACAUUACCAAUUGUAGCAUCAGUUACACCACUAGCCGUACCAUCAGUUCCUUCAAAUGGAAUAUUAAAAUCCAAUACUUCUAUUUUAAAUACUCCUUUAAGUUCUACAAGUGCAGGAUCAAACGUUAUACUAUCAAUACCAUCUACUUCCAAUAGUCUUUUUACAAAUAAGAGUACUAUAUCCAAUAUCACGACUACUCCUUCAAAUUCUGAUCCAACCAGUAUCAAAUCUAGCAUUGGCAAUUCUAUCUUACACAAUGUAAGUAAUGUAGGAUCCACAAUGAACACUGAAAGCCCUAAAUUUACAUUUGGCAAUAUUGUCAGUACAACUGCAUCAACUCAAGUAAAUACUGCCUCUGUUCAAAAUGUAACUACAAGUGGCUUAAACUUUACGACUGAAACAAAAAGUAUAAUGUUACCAAUGUCAACUGUAGCUGCUACUGUUACUACUACUGCUAUCGCUACUACUGCUACUGCUACAGCUGCUUCUAAUGUUGCUUCAGUUUUUAAAAGUAUUACAGAUAAUGCCACAAAUAGUACCAAUAAAAAUUUGGUGACAUCUACAGCAACUACAACAAUGCCAUUCAUAUUUGGAAGUAACAAUGUACAGACACCGAAAACUGAAGUUGGUUUAUUUAAUACAACUACAACUAAUGUUCCAAAAACAUUUAGGAUUUCUGUAAUUACCCAAAGUAAUCCAAUAGCUAGUAAUGCAUCUAUAAUCACAAGUAAUACUUCUGCACCAAGCAACCCUAUGUUAAAUUUGGCAAAUGGUACAUUUAGUGGAAAUGUAUCUAGUGGAUCUACGGCAUUUACGUUAAGUACCGCAACACCUAUUUUUUCAUUUGGGACAUCAAAUGCAUCAACAUCAGAAAAUAAAUCAGCAUUUUCAUAUAAUGCUAAUGCGCUAGGAAGUUCUAACGCGUUGUUGGCACCAACUAAUACACCAGUUACUUCUACUGCAAGUAAUAAUACAACUUCUGGAUUUAACGUACCAGCUGCUACUACAUCUUCUCAAUUCUCUACAACAACUACACCUAUGUUUAAUACAACAUCAACUACAACUACGUUUCGAACGACGACUAGUGAGCCAGUAUUUGGUCAAGCAAUCGCUGCUCCACUUUUUGGUAACUCAGCAAAAUCUCCUUUUGUACCAAUUCAACCGACGAAAUCAUCUAUCGAAUUUGGUACAAGCAACAACACAUUUAAAGAAGAAAAACCUCCUGCUUUUGGCACGAAUACAAAUACGGUGUUUGGUAGUUCUAGUACACCAUUAUUUGGUUCACAGACCACAGCAGCACCUACAUUCGGUUCUCCUAGUGUCUCAACCAGUGCUCUCAAUUUUGGUAGUACGAAUACAACGACUGCUGUAUUUGGAGCACAAAAUUUAAGCGCACCUGGAAAUGUUCAAACUUCAACGUCACAUAGUUUUGGUACACCAAGUCCUAUGUUCGGAAAUCAGAAUAAUCCAGCACCUCUCUUCGGAUCGACGACUACAACUCCAGUUGGAACUUUUAAUACUCCGAUGCAAAAUACCUUUGGCAGCCAAAAUUCAACUACUAUGUCGUUUGGCGCUACAAAUAAUUCUAAUGCAUUUGGUGAUAAUAAAACAUUACCAUUUGGAAUUCAAACUACAGUUGCACCUGCUUUUGGAACAAAUGAGAACAAUACAAAUAGUAUUUUUACAUUCGGUGGAAAUCAAGGACAACAGCAAAGUACAUUUUCAUUCGGUAAUAAUAAUGCUUCUAACAACAAUGUAUCAACUACUGGAUCCGUCCCAUUCCAAUUUGGUGCAAACACUUCUAAGCCAGUUACAGGAUUUAAUUUCACUGCGCCAACGACAACACCAUCGAUUAACUUUGGAACAUCGGGUACACCCUCGUUUAAUGCUCCAACUCCUGGGAUGUUUAGUAUCGGUAGUGGUUCUACUGCACCGCGAUCAAGAACCGUUAGAGGCAGAAAACCAAGAUGAUGCAGAAUGUAAAAAUCAUGUAACUCGUAAAGUAUAUUUUCAUCAAGAUACAUCGAUAUCUAAUUACUUCGGCAUUAAAAUGACAAUUGGAGCAGAAAUAUAUAUUACAAUUAUUAUUUAAUAUUUCUAUGGAAUAAAAAGGGGUGAGUCGAAUGCUUCUGUGAAAAUAAUAAGUAUGUUAAGUAAUGGGUUCUUGUUAUCAUUUAAAAAUGUUAUCAGUCAUUAUUAAAUGUAUUUGUCCUUUGUACAUACAUAAGUAUAUAUAAAAUGAUAUGACAAAACAGUAGAGAGAUAUACUGACAUUUAAAAAUUUGCUUAAAUUGUAAGGUAAAUUGUUCUUUUUUUUUUUUUUUUUUUACAUAUAAGACCACUACUGUGCUGGAUUUAUUCAUAUAUGAUAUAUAUGACAAAAAGAUAGUUAAACUUCAUUGUAAAAUAUCUAUAAUAUACAAGAGUAAUUUUUUUUAUGAAGUUUUCCAAUCUGGAUAUUUACAUUAUAAACUGGCAUUUUUCUAAUUAUUUCAGAUUUUUUUUUUCUUUUUUUUUUUUUUAUUACAUCAUACAGAUUCAUUGUCUUAAAUAUUGAAUGAUCAAGCCAAAUCAUUACUAUCGUUUUAAUAAAAAACUUGAAUUAUUAUGAAAGUAGAACAUAACUCUUCAGUUUUAGUAUUAAAUUACACAUUGUUAUCAUUAAAUUCAAAUGACUUUUAUAAAAGGUAUUUAGCUAGGAGAUAACAUGUAAAUGAAUUUAUUAGAUAAUAAUUAUACUUGUUAUUUAAUAUAACAGAGUGUUCGGUUGCCCUUGUCAAUAUUAUGAUGAAUGUAUUAUUUUUAUUAUAAUUUUUAAGUUAUUAUAUUUUUAGUGUAUCGCUACAAUGAAAAUAAGAUCUAUGUCGUUGAAUGUCUGUUCCUGUAGAAAUGAAACCAAGAUAAAGGGCCAUUUUAUAAAUUCACUUAAUCAUGAUAAUUAUCUAUGCAAUGUUUGAAGCGAUGUAUGACUGUAAUUAAGAUAACAUAUACUUGUACAGAGUUGUCAGUUAAAAUCGAUUUUUAGGAAGCAAAAAUGUUCUUAUUGGGAUUGCAGCGAUCUGAAAGAUCAUUUAUCCGAAAGAAUUAAAAGGAGUUUGAAUGCAAAAAAUAUAAAACGCAUAUGUAUACAUAUACGUGGAUCAUCGUAGCAAAUUAAAACUUUAAAGUAAGACUUUAGUAAUACGCUAUUAAAUAUAACUGAAAAAUAUAAAUAUAUAACUAUAUAAAGAGAAAUAAAUUAUUCUCAUAUCA